AUGAUCAGAAAAAUUAUGACUCCUGCCAUGAGGAAAGCGCUGCGUGAUGCAAACUGGGAAGUGCGAGUUAGCCGGAACACUGACCGGCUGUACAAUACUUACAUCCGGUGGGAGGACGAAGAAGGUGAAGCCAUGGAGGGGUUCGAUAUCUUCGGUGUAGCGAUGCUACACUAUAUCGCCGAGAACUGGCGUCGUCAAUGGCAUUGGGAGCAAGAGUCCUACAACCUGUGGGCAAUGCUCACUGGAAGGCGGCGGAAAGACCACGACGAAGAAAAAGAUGAGGGGAGGCAAUUUUCCAAACGUCAGAAAAAUUAUUAA